GUUUUUCUGUUUUCUUCUUUGUGAAAGAACACUUUUUGGGCUUUAAGUUUUGUUUUACUUUCACCUUAGAUUGACCAGUGUGACUUGAGGACAGCCAUUUGUUGACUAAGAAAGAUGGGGUGAGAUCUGGGUGUUAUUGUUGCUGUUGAAUUAAUUUGUCUCAAUCUGAUUUGUUUUGAAUCUGGUUGUUGCUUAAUGUGAUCAAGUAUUAAAAAAUGGUUUCUUGAAUGGUAAAAGAAAAAAAAAUUUCCCCUGUUGUGGGUGCUGCAGUUUAGUUUCUUUUGAAAGUUAAUGUGUUUUUAUUGAUGGAUAGAGAGAUUGUUUGUGGGAUUCUACCUUGUUGGUUGGGAGACAAGAGGAAUGAAUGUUAGUUGCAAGGUUCAUGUUAAGUUGGAAACAAACAUCUGGCAUCAGCAAUGGGUUCUGGGGACUGGUUUAAGACAAUGAUUAGCAUAAAGAAAGUAAAGGAUGAUAGCUCAAAACAACCAAAGGGCUGUACAACUUCUGCAAAAUCAAAUGGCUUCAAAUGGAAGAACAAGCUGCGAAAAGAAUCUGCUAUUUUUGCAAAUGGUUCCAGUAGGGCCAAUCCCAGAUUUAUUGACAUGCCAGUCGAGGAUGUGGCUGCCACUCAGAUUCAAACAGCAUUCAGGGCCUAUAUGGCUAGGAAAACUCUUCGCCGUUUGAAAGGUACUGUGAGGUUACAGAUCAUCACUAAAAAUUAUUCUGUCAAAAAGCAAGCUGCAACUACUUUGAACUACCUUCAUUCUUGGAGCCAAAUACAGGCCCAGAUUAGAGCCCGUAGACUCUGUAUGGUUACAGAAAGCCGGUUAAGACAGAAGAAGUUAGAGAAUCAACUAAAACUUGAGGCAAAGCUUCAUGAUCUGGAGGUUGAAUGGUGCGGUGGCUCUGAUACAAUGGAGGAAACUCUUGCAAGAAUACAUCUGAGGGAAGAAGCAGCAGUUAAGCGGGAACGGGCGAUGGCAUAUGCCUUUUCUCAUCAGUGGAGGGCCAGCUCUGGUCAUAGCCUCGGGCUUGUUAAUUUUGAACUUGGGAAAGCAAACUGGGGCUGGAGUUGGAAGGAACGCUGGAUUGCUGCUCGUCCAUGGGAAAGCCGGGUCCCUGUGAAGUCUUCUAGUCCAAAGAAAGUGAAGAGCAAGCAGGCUAAAAAGGUUGAUGAAAACACAAAGUUGCAAACCAAAAAAACACCAGUUUCAUCCAAGCCAUCAUUGUCCAAUGGGAGAGUAAAUCCAACAGCACGGAGAUUAUCUUACCCUCCAGCUGAAAAACGGGCAACGCUUGAGAGAAGCAUUAAAUCUGAUGCAGCAAACACUUAACGUGAACACUUGGCAUCUUAGUACGAAGCAAAAUUAUAAAUCGCAAAGACUUGAUCCUACUUUCAGUCAUUUUUGUUUCAGAUAAGAAAGGAUGUGUUUUUAUGCUCAUUACUGAUUUUGUGCAAGUGGAGUGGUGGUUUGCUUUUGCAUAUAGUGCAGAACUAUAGAUCAGGCCUGGUUUUAUGAAUGACAAUUGUCGUUCCUUUUGCGUUUUCUCCUUUAUAUAUUUUUACCUUUUCUUUUUUUCGAGUUAAUAUGUAUUUAUGAUGUAAAUAGACAUAAUUUUUUUAUGGUGGAUCUGUGAUGUAUUUAAAGUCUUAUCAAUCCUUGCUAUUAA